AUCGUGAUUCCUGCUCUUGGACACAGACACACACACCAGAUGCACACGCUACUGCAGGCCGCUGUUUUGGGUCAGGGCAUGGCAUGCCGUCCGCCCGCCCCGUCCGUCUGUGUGUGUCAGGAGUUUACUACCUGGGUGGUACUGGUCCGACUUGCAGAAGUACGACCGGCUGGGUUGGGCUGGACUGGGCUGGGUUGCUGUGCCGAGAUCUGAGUGGUUAAGCUUAUUGCUUACCUUUGGUUGGUCAGGGAGAAUUCAGGAUGUUUGACUGCGGUGGGUAGGUGAGUGGGUAGUUAAUUUAUUUG